UUUGUGUACGUGCAGCAGCCGGCUCCCAGCAGUGUGGGCGGUGAUUUUAGCCAAAGGUUCCCCUUACUUUUAGAGCUUGCAGGAUCCGAUUUAGUGCAGAGUACUGCGGAUAGAGCUGUGGGGCGUGCAGGGCUUCUUGCAGGGCCUCUCUGCGUUGGCUACCCCAGUGCUGCGGAGCAAGUUGUGCUCAGCGAAAGAGAUAGACAAUGUUGACGCUGGAUUGCAAUUCAGAGUCUAGCAGUUUCAACGAUCUGUUUGAGGCAGGAACUGGUGUGAACGCACCUGCAGAUGCCUUUGGUCAGUCUCCAGCUCACUUGGCUGCUUGUGGUGGUGAAGCUUUUUUCCUACUUUGGCAACUACAGACGGGAGCAAAUUUGAACCAACAGGAUCGCCUUGGAGAAGCCCCAAUUCAUAAAGCAGCAAAAGUUGGGAGUUUGGAAUGUCUUGCUCUCCUUGUAGCUGGUGAUGCAAAAAUCGAUUUGUGCAAUAACAAUGGACAAACAGCAGCAGAUCUUGCACUGGCUUAUGGCUUUCUGGAAUGUGCCAAGUUCCUCACAACAAUUCAGCACACUCAAGCUAUGAAACUGAGAGGGCAGUCUGGCUACACACUGAGUGACAAACAUCACUGCAAGUUGCUGAGAGAGAAUCCAGCUGCACAGAAGCAAGAACAUGAAAUUAGUGGAUCCUCAAGCAGGAAGAGGAGAAGAUCAGAUGCUUUCCUGUUCAACUGCGGUUACCAGUAACAGUCAAGAGAAUAUGGCUACAUGGAAGGGAAAGGCACACACACACCAUGCGUGCACAUAUGCCAGGAUUUGAAAAUGAAGACACACGUCUGAGGGAGAUUCACAGUCUCCUUAGAAGAAGACUGACAGUACUCUCAAAAGAAGUGAGAGAAGCUGGCAAGGAAAUAAAUACAGAUAUUUUUAUUGACUUGUUUAUAUAUUUCUUCAUAUAAUGGCUAAUCUUCUGAAAACUCUAAGAAAGCCCUGGUGCUUGCUUCAACCAUACCAAAUCCCUGGACAGAUGGAUUAAAUGCAGAUAGAGUAUAAUAUUGGAACUCUGGGAAAGGGUGCAUUUACAAUACUGGAUUCAGCACUGCUAUUGCUGGUGCAGCUGUGAAGCACUACUUCCAUAAUGAGUUAAUGAGGUGCUAGCUGGAAUUGUGCCCGAGACAAAAUCCUAUCCACAGACAGCUCAGCGGCCAGUUCAAAAAGAUCCAUCAGGCUGCAUGACAUCCCUCCUCUCAGCAUGGUAGUGAGGUCAAUGUUUUAUAAUCCUGAAAAACAUUUGUGCUCCCUCAUGGCUGCACUUUGAGCAAUUCCACCUAGUUUACAAAGGAAACUAUAUUCUUAUGCACAGGAAUAAAAGCCUUUACACUACCAGGCCUGUCACAGCUGCUAUAAAUAAUAGGUGGAUCAUCUGCAAAUAUAAGCUCUGGAACAAAAAGUUCAAAAUAGGCUGUUUAAAACUACAAAAUAUUGAAGAAACAAACUAUUUUCCUACCGCUGAGAAUCACUAUCACCAUGGCAACAUGUCCUUUUAGAAUAUCCACAGCAGAAUACAGUCUAAGUAACUACAACUAUCUUGUUCAACUAGCAUUUUCUCAUAGGCUGAACUAUUAACAUUCUUCUUGAUUCCAUUAUUGUAUUUAUCAACACAACACUCAGAUAUUUGUUAGCCUGCUUAUAGCUAUCUAGAUGACAAAGAGCAGCAGUCCAGUAAUUUUAUUUCAGAUAAAUACCGAACAUUCUUCUCCUCCUCCUCCCCAAAAUAAUUGUAGGGUUCUUUACUGUGUAUGAAAGUGUCAGAUUGUCAGAAUAAGAGUAAAUCCCUUGUUUUAUCUGCCAUGCAAAAUCAGAACAGAGACUAUUAUUUCCAGGCUGCUCAACAAUUUGCCUCAAUUCUGAACUCAAGGACUAGCUCUGUUGAUGAAGUGAUCGUUUACUGCUAAUGCGCAUUCAAUUCAUUAUGACUGCUGGAGUAUGUGUGCCUGUUACAAAAAUUGUUUGUGAUGCAAGAGAAAUAGGCUGAAUUCCACAUUUUGCAUAUCAUUAAGCAAUUCAUAGAAACUGCAAACUUGAGCCUGAAGCCCAGGAGAAAUUCAGUAAUUUGCAAACAGCUCCCACUUUCCUCAUCACACUAAAGCAAGAAUGGGGGUUUAUGAACAAGGGACCCUUGUUCCUUAAAAUGGAACCCUUAAAAUGUCAUGUACAAGACUCCUGGUCCCGUUUAUUACCCCUAUUACCCCAUGUACUGUAAUGGUAACUAGCACCCUAAGAUAUUCAGUCUCUUUAAUAAUUACUGAACUAUUACACCAAUAUUUAUUCUUACCUGACAAACAAUAUUUUUGAUGUUAUUCCAAAAAGUUGGUUCAAAACAAGCUGUACCUCAAUAGAGCCGAUCCAUUGCCGUGACCCAACAAAUGCUGCUGGUUUGUCUCCAGCAUCAACCAGUGCCUUUGUAACACCAACAUGCAGCAGAAAAGAAAGUCAACAACAUACAGUAGACAAUUCUGCCAUUUUUCCUGAACAUACAAAGUUGGCUUAAAUAUACAGAAUAUAUUUUGAACGUGACUGGUCAAAAGCAGACAAACAGAUACUGAAUUCAGACACUGUGCUUCUGUUUUGGAAUGUCCCUUGAACUAGGAUGAUGAGCACUGAUGUGCCUAUUAUUUAAAUGCAUCAUUUACAUUACAAGAGCCACUGCAGAGACGUAAGUGCCUACAUUACUAUUCAAGAUAUCUCAGAUCCCUAUAAAAAGUACCCUGAAGAAGAUGCUACCACAACUGGCUAACAAAAUACCUGGAAGGUAUGGGUUUAUUUUAAAAUCUGCUGCUCUCUGAAGCUUACACGUUACAUACUGCAUCACAGAGAAAGGCCUUUUCUGCUCAGUAUACACAGCCUACAAAGAGUCCUGAAGGCUAAUGCAUUCCUCUAGAUGUGUAAAAUACUGUAAGAUGGUUUAGGUGGGGACUAAAAAAUGUUUGGGAAAUUGCAAUUUUUAUUUAAGUGGUUACAUCCCUGUUAGGUAUGAUGCAAGUCCUCUUAUGGAUCAACCAAAUUUUGCUAAAAUGUUCAGUAAGUAAGGAUAAUAUAAAGCACUGUAUUUACAAGAAUGAAGAUAAAUGCAGUGUUUUUCCGGGCAUACAAUAUUAGCUACUCGAAGUCUACAGUUUCUCCUCAGGAUCAUUAACAUAAGUAAACAUACUCAGAUAUUCAUUAAAAUUCACAAACGAAAAUGUGAAUUGGAAGUGUUCAAAAAACAAAAAUCCCCACUACUCUCAUUGGCAAAGUUGCAAAAACCUGCAGUAAAUUAAUGCAUAAUAUCUGGGGACUAAUCCAGCUGUAACUGAAGACAAGUCAGAGUUAAAACUGAUUUUAGUCUGAUGGAUUGGGUUCUUUGUUCUCUUGUGGCAAAAACAGUGAAAAUGUGUCAUAAUCUGAGUUUCUAAUGCACUGUUAAUACAAGGAAGUAUUUAGAAGACUAUUUUAAUGAGUUUCAUUUCUAUAGAUAAACAGUUGGAAACACAACUCCUGCAAUAAAACUUAUCAAAAAUCACAAUUCAGGAGUACUACAGUUCACUUUAAGAAAUGAAUUAAAAAUACCAACACAAAUUUGAAGUCUAAAAAUAUAUUAUUUCUAUAUUAAAAAAUAACGUAAUCUAUACAAACUUUUCUAAGCAAUUAAAUAUGCAUAAAGUAUAAUUAAUUGGCAUAAACGUUUGUACCUGUUGAAUUUCUUUGUGUGUUGGUAUAGAUGCAUCCAUGUAACCUUGGUGCUUGAACCAAGAACAGAUAGUCUGCAAAGAACGGUAUGCACAGCCCCAACCACUGUCAUCAAUCCGAUCCUGCAUAUAAUGAUGGUAACUGUAUAUUCCAUGUACUAAAUAAACCUGCACAGAAAAAGAUAAUACAGCUGAAUCUAAUCACUCUCACAUCCAUUUUCAGAGAAGUCAUUUAUUUAUGUCUCUAGCAAGGUGACAGCUUUCAAUUAAGGAUUAUGAAUCUUUGGAAGAAUGGAAGGUUUGUAAAUCACGUAUGAUCACUCUUCCUAAGUAUCUCCACAUUCACCAUUUUAGUUUAUUGUCCUGGUUCUGAGAAACUUUUAAAAUACAUAUUAAAAAUAUGUGAGGUAACCUUGAAAACAGUGUUCAUUCUUUUACCAAAAAAAUUUAGAUAAUGAAUAUUGUACAGAUAAGAAAAAAAGAGUGCAGUAAGUGACUUGGUCUUUUAAGCAAAAUGGUGCCUCUAUGUCAAAUGGCAUUGUUUUGGUUCUAGUCAUUUCAAAGGACAUCGGUUUUUCAGGGUUUGUUUUUGUUUGUUUGUUUGUUUUGCAAAAGAAUAUCUGUUAUCUAAAUUAUUUCUUUUAGCAACAAAUCUCAAGUAAAAUGAAAAAGUGCUUUCUCAUAAAUGUUUCAACUGAAACUUACUGUACCAGAGUCUGUACCAGGUGGAUUCAGAUGGACAUGUGGAUUUCUGAGAUAUCCAUCUUUAUAUGGUUCAUCUGGAAAAUGAUAAGCAUUUGCUCUCUUGAAAUAUGGUCUAUCACACAGCAGAUUGAACAACCCAUGUAAUUCCUACAUGCAAGUUAGAAUAAAAAACACAAUUCAAAUUUUGGAUUAAAAGAAACAUUUUUUGAACUAAUAAUAAUGUCAUAAUAAUUUUUUAACAUAUAGCUUUGCAGCUGUAAUUGAACAGAUUUUAGCAUAUUAAUAUUCAGCACAUAUGUUUACUGGUAGACCUCACCUUUCUAACAAACCUCUUGAAAGCUUACCUCUGAUCUAAAAGAGCCCACUUUGUAGCCCUGUUACAUUAUGCCAAUUUCUCUGGCGCAGCACUCAGGAUUUCAUGACAAAUUGAAAAUAUGAUAAAAUAUACCACAAUGGAAAAGGAUUACAUAUUUAUCUAUGUAAUAGUAUAUACACUGAAUUUAAAUCUUGGAUAAUAUUAAAGACAUACGAAUAAGCAUAUACUGAGACAAAGACUUCUGCAGAUAAAAACCUAUCUAAAAAAACAUCCUAUGUAGUUUUAAAGUCUCUAUUGUCACCUUAUAAAGAUCCGAUGCUCUUUAUAAAAAUUCUUUCAAUAAAUCAAGCUUACAUAUUCAGUAUACUGUUUCAGUUAUACUACUAAUAAAAAAAAAUCUGCAUCUGUUAAUAUUUAUUCUACCUCAGCUAAAUGAAAAGCUUUACCUUUCUGUAACUUUCCAGUUGAUCAUCCGAAAUACCCGUAGGAUAUGAGAUUGUUACAAGGUGAUUUUUUCCUGGUAACAUGAAAUGAAAUUGUUCUGGUACCACAAUUGAUGUUCCCUUCCUGUAUUUCAUGAUACAUCUUUCCAUAUCAGUUAAUUGCCUGUGAAUUGCUUUCACCAGGAGAUUCCGUACCCUGCAAAGUACGAGGGAGAAUAUUUAUGAAGUACAACAGUGAUGCUGUAUCUUUUCUCUCAUAGCUCUGUUACAUAAUAUUUAUAUCCACAUUUGCAGCCAAUCUGAUGAAUUUGUUGCUUUCAUGCAAGCAUGUUUGCACACAGAAACUGUGCCCUAGUGAGUCAACCCUCCAAAGGGCAGGUAUCCUGGUCUCAUAACAGAAACACAAACAUUUUGAGCAUUUAUGGAAAUAAAGUUACAUAUAAGAUUUUAUAUAUAUAUAUAUAUUUUAACAUUUCAUCCACUUCAUUUAGUACUCUUUAGAAUCAAAUCCCAUUAAAAAGAUAAAACCAAGAAAAAAUAGAGGAAGACACUAGUUUCCAUCAAAUAUUCUGUCACUCUUUUCACACACACAUGUAUUUACAGGAAUUCAAUGUUCUGAAUUCCUUAGUAAGCAAAGGUUAAAAAUCUAUUAGAUAUUACAUGUAAUAAAAGCUUUUAAGUUCUGAGAAUUCUAAUGAAAAUUCAGUAACAUCCUAAAUAAAGACAGGAAGCUUUACAUAUAAAUAAAAUGUGUCCUAUUCCCUAGUCAGCACAAAAAAAUGCAUGCUAUUAUAUUAACACUUCAUAAACAAAAUUUGUCACAGAUAGCAAAAAAAGAUUAAGGAAAUUAUUAGAACUAUCUACUGGAGCUUUUAACUAGUAUGAAAAUAUAUCAACUUUUAUAGUACAUAUUGUCAAAUUCUAUGUAAAACACUAUAGGCUACUUUAUUAAAUUGAUUAAGAAUAUAAUAGCUUUAGUACUUUCAGGAAAAAACAGAAGUGAAAGUAAAUUGAAAAGCUGUAAGUCCAGAAUCAUACAUACUUUCCCCAAGUUUCUUCUGGAGAAACAGAUACAACAACAUCAACCGGUAGCGUCAUACUAAUAUAGUGGUGUUCUUUGUUUUCCCUUUCAAUGACUGGAGCCAAAGCAGUUAAUGAAGAUGUCAUCUCUAACAUCAGGUCUAUAUUGACUAUCUGCUGCUGCAAAGAAUAAAGACACCAAAAGUACACCUCCAACAACACAUGCACCAAUAAUGCAGAAGGAAUAUGAUGGAUAUAAUCAAUUCAGUAACAAAAUAAUUGUGUUUUAAAAAAGCUAACAGUGUUAAAGAUCGAAAUUUUUAUGUGCUAAUCUGCUAUAGAUGGAUCUUUGCAUUAAUGCUGAAUCUUAGUGACUUUAAAGGGAUUCACCUAAGUCAUGUAAUGUCUAUUUGUGCAGAGGUUAUGGAAAGCAGAUCUAGUAAUUUUCAAAUGAUAUGUUGCUUGUUAUAAUUUAUUAGUGUGGUGGGACACGUACCGUAUCUUGUAACUUUUUAUCCUUUUUUUUGCCAAGCUUUCGUCUGAUCUCAUCAUCUUGAUCAAAUCUAAGUAUCAAUAGAAAGAGAAA